GACACAAAAGCUGACCAAAAAAUUAGUGUUAACCUUGAGUAUCACAUAUUUAUGAAACACAGAGUCUGUGUUAAACCUUAUUGCUCAAAAUUCAAGAAAAUUAAGUAACGCCUUUUUACCAAAAGAAUUAAAAAACAACCGAAAGCUACACCUUUAACUUUUAAAGCAAGAAAAAAACACAACCGAAUCCUAUUUCCUCCGCUUUCUCUACUAUAUGCUUACAUAUUUUAAAAUACACAAAUUAAGCUGUGCAUUCUUACACAAAUCAUCAGUUCUAUCGGCCUACAUUUACGCACCAAACCAACAUUCCGAGAACCUCGAAAACAUGACACAUCAUCUUCAGCACAACAUGCGCCCGUGGUGUCUGCGUGGCGAGGUAAUUCAUGGCCACGGCCGUGGCGGCACCCAACUUGGUUACCCUACGGCCAAUAUCAAAUUGGAUGAAGCGACCGUUAAGAGCUUGACCCCGUACGCUGAAACCGUGAUGUUUGGGUGGGGCUGCAUUGAACCAGAGGUGACCAGCGAGGGUACCGGCGACGCUGGCACGAAGCCGACGGAAACCCAGAUUAAGGGCGAGCAUCUUGGCCCGUUUCCCAUGGCACUGUCGGUCGGAACUAACAUACACUUCAAAGAAACUACGCUAAGUGCGGAGGCGCACUUCCUGCAUGUCUUUCCCGAGAACUUUUACGGGAGAAUCAUUCGUAUAAUCGCGCUGGAUAUCGUACGUGUGCAGACCUCGUUUGACUCUCUUGAGGCACUCAUUGCGGCCAUAGACAAUGACAUAAUGAAAAUCAACGCCGAAUUAGCGAAGCCUGAACACGAAAAGUACCAAAAGCAUGAAUUGAUGCUUCCAUACUCAAAGUUAACGCAGGAUAUGAUGGCACAUCUGCCGCAUUUUACUGAAAUUUAAAAUUCUUAUAUGCAAGCAUUCUUCCUCCUAUAUUGCAAAUAAAUGAAUUCUUUAUACGAAGUGGAUAAACGUAUUUUACUGUAAUUCAAAUCAAAGGAUAUUUUUUUUCAUCAAGAAUAAUUCUUCCUAAGCAAUAAUAAAGUUAUCUGAGCGUAUGUUUCAAACA